CUAUUGUCUGGUAGUCCUUUGUCUAUGGAAUCUUUGAGAGCUUUUGUAAUCUUUGGCGGCCUAGUGACUGGUCCUGUAACUCACUAUUUCUACACCCUGUUGGAUAAACUGAUACCAGGCCCUGGACUCCUCAAAUAUUUACUCAGGUUGCUGACGGACAGGUUAAUAUUCUCCCCUGGUUUCUUGGUGUUAACCCUUUACUGUUUAUCUAGGCUCCACAGGGAAUCACACUCUAAAGCUGUGGAGAACUUGGAGUCCAGAUACUGGACCUGUCUAGUGGGAAACUGGAAAAUAUGGACUUUACCACAGAUUAUCAAUAUUGGACUCGUCCCAGUCCAGUACAGAGUUCUGUUCGGAAAUAUGGUUGCUCUGGUGUGGAAUAUGUAUCUGGCCAAAACAAAGAAAUAGAUGGAAGACCAUAUUCAAGAGAAGAAGAGCAGACGCAGACAAUUUGGAUGCAUGCUAUAAUUGCAUUUUGAUUGACUGCCAAAAAAAUCUAAUUUAUGCACCAGCUUCCACAUCAGAACAUAUUUCUAAUGUCUAAUUUUUGUUAACGUGGAGUUUAUAUGGGAAUAACUUACUUUAAUUGUAAAGACGACCUGAAACUCUUUAAAUAAGACGAUAUCACGAUAAAUAUAUGUCUUCUUCCUUGAAUAACGUCUUUGAUGGCUAAUUUAAUAAUUUAGCGAUAAAAGAAAUCAGUUUACAGGAAUCAUGAAACAGACGGUAUAAAUUCCGUACAAUCGUCUCUGAAAUCUCAUCCUUUGUGGGUAACCUUGUAUAUUAAAGUCACUAAAUCAUGUAAAAUCGUCCUCUACCUUGUUUACCACUCACUGUAUUAUUUAAAUGGAUUGGUUCUAUAUUUCAUGGAACAUUGUUGCACAAAUUGAAUAAAAACACACUAUACAUCUUUUAAAAAGUAUAGAGUACAACAAAGAAAGUUUGAAUACUUUUAGGAAUUUAAGAAGAUCAAAUAGAAUAUUAUUAUUAAAAUUUUGUUGUUAUAUGUAAUAAAUAUAAAAAUCGUU